CACCGCGCACACUGAGACCCGUUUAACGAAGCUCUCGACCGCUGUAAUGAAAGUCCUUGCGCAUCCAUAGAGAUACAGUACAGCUUUCAAACGAACCGAACGGGAUCAUUACGGCAUUAUGAACAUUUAACACCGGACACCUAGAAUCUACCAGGAGAAUAAGGUACAGGCCAGCAGCUGCCAGCUUGGCGGGAGGAACAUUUCCUGGCCUGAAUGCGAACCGACUGCAGCUGGAGCAUGUCCACUGCAGGCUUGACUGCCCAGGAGAUCUGUUUACCCGCGCAAAGCCUUUUCCUGCGGGGCAGCCAUUGGCAUAGCAUGGCCGGAGCUAAGCCCUCUUGGAAAUACCAUGAUCUACACAACUUAUGCUUCACCAUUGAUUCUUCUAGGGAUUUUAACCAUCAAUCCCAGCAACAGGUGCUGCCAUCAUUUUCAGGAGCGGAAAAACAGCGGACUCCUCUUCAAUCACCAAACAGCCCAGGAGGCCAGCCCUUGCCCCCCAAAAAGCCCAGACCUUCCCAGCUCACCUUGCACACAGACCUUUCUACGUCUAGCCCUGCCAAAAACGACCAAGUGGUUCCCUGCUUUCAACGUCUAACCGUAUCUGACCGCAUCAGUCCUCCCCAGACGCCCAGCCGAGUCACCAAACCCCUUCCCCCAAUUCCCGGUUCAGCUGAGCUUUCACCGGAUCAGGCUGUGGACAGUGAAGUAGAGUUCUUCAACGGAGAUGACAAUCGCUGCCUGGUUUCCGAACCUUGCUCCAAACACUCUCCUUUCCGGUAUGGAAUGCCUAGUAGGAGGAGUUUCAGGGGCUGUGGACAGAUUAACUACGCCUACUUUGAAGGUCCAACAUCCCAGCAGAAGCAACCGCAACAGCCACAGCAACAGAAGUUGAGGCAGGAGCGGGAAACCCAGCAGAGGGAACAGGAGCUCCGCGACCACCACCAGCAACAGCAGCAGAACUGUCUCAGACAGCAGGAACGUACGCAAAGAAAGCUGCGACGAUCCCAUUCUGGCCCUGCCGGCUGCUUCAACAAACCCACCUCCUUCCGGCUAUCCAGUCACCACUGGAAUACACAAGGCCUGGAAAAACCAGAAGUUCCUCCGAGAGUUCCUAUUCCCCCACGACCUAUCAAAACGGGAGACUACCGGCGCUGGUCAGCCGAAGUCUCAUCGGGAGCCAACAGUGACGAUGACCGACCUCCCAAAGUUCCCCCUAGAGAACCUUUUUCCGCCAGUAGUUCCCGCACCCCGAGCCCAAAGAGCCUCCCAAUGUACCUCAACGGGAUCAUGCCCCCUACGCAGAGCUUUGCCCCAGAUCCCAAAUACGUCAGUCGCGGUCUGCAACGACAGAAUAGUGAAGGCUCCCCAUGCAUUCUGCCCGUCAUGGAGAAUGGCAGGAAAGCCAGCAACACGCACUACUUCCUUUUGCCACAACGCCCACCAUACCUGGACAAACAUGAGAAGUAUUUAACGGACAGCACAGCGAGUCGAGGCACGGAUGCCUCCGAUUCGAGUUCGGACUGGGACUGUCAAAGCAAAAAGAAAAUGACGCACCAAAUAGACUUGGUAUGAAAUAAAGCGAGCUAUCACUUGGGACACGUUUGUCCGAAGACUUUUGUUGCUGCUUUGUCGCAGUUUUGCUGUAGUGCUCGUGAAAUCGAGCGAGUUACGUAUGAAUUGCAGUUACUGGGAUUUCUCUUGUUUUGCUCUCAACCUGGAAACCGUUCUAACAGUUCUCUUAGAGCGAGCUCGGAAAUUAUGAUUUUUAUUUCAUUGUUAUGUGAAAUGUAAGUGUUGAAAUGAUGACAUGGUGCAGUUGUUGGGUAUUAGCUGGUCUGGUACCUCCAUACUUCAGUGUUGUAAAUUUUCGUAGUCUCAUUUUAUAUUGCAUUGAUGAUAAUCUUUAUGUCUUGGAACGUUCAUCUGAUCAUGGGGACAUAGGGUCAGUAACGCUUCCGUACGUUUAUGUCGUCUACCAUAUAUGAAGUAUAAAAACAGCCUGGCUUUUUUUGCAGCCGGCAUUUUAAGUGAAGGUUAUUCCAUCUUUUUGCAUUGCAUACUGCAUGCAUGCAUGCAUGAUAUCUGACACAUGCACACUAUUUCGCAGCUCUUCUGUUAUAUUUCUCUCAGCCUUUGUCAGGACACUCUUUUGUGCGCUUUUAUGUGGCCUGUCUGUAAAACUUGUAGUCUUGAGUGUGUGUGUUACAUUGGAACAGGCUAAGUAUUGCUUUUCUGUUCUGAGUUGAGUGUGUGAGUGAUACGAGAGCUGAAUGUGUUACAUUUGCCCAAUUUUGGCACUGCUUUUAUAAGCUGCUUAAAACGGCAGCUGAAAUGUUGCCCUCUGAACGAACGGAGUAUUUCC